CAUGUAGGGAAGGGAAGGAAACGGAGAGGAAGUUGGGUAUUAAGAAAAUUCCCCUCCCUUCUAUCAAUUAUUGGUGCUCUAUUCAUUGUCUUUAUUACAACACUGUGUUUGAAUCAAAUCCUACUUUUCUCUCUCUCACUUUAUGAUAAUGAUACAAAGGCAAUCUUGCAAGAAACAGUGACUUAACGCGGAGAUGAAGCCCUUAAGAAGUUUCCAUGUGACUUCUGGCUAGGUUACUAACUAGCAAUUACUGAUUUAGAUCUUCAUCGACUUCAAAAGGAGAAACAAGUAACAUCUCUUUUCAUUUGUUUUCCCAAGGAAUCUGCUAGAUAUCAAACCAGGUAACAGAUUUUCAAUUACAGAGAGUAAACAGAAUGGAAGGGUAAAUCCUACUCUUGUGUAGGUGAUUAAUUUUGCUUAAUCCUACCCUUGCGAUUGUGAUUAGUUUUGGCACUGACAUCAGUAGGUACUGAUACACGGAGGAAGCAAAAAGAGCGGUGGUCAUGGAAAUAGAAGAGGAAGAGGUGAAAUGGGAGGCAAUGGAACCAGAGAGAGAUGAACCUGUUCUGAAGCUUGGACUCCGUCGUCGACGUGCACCUGAGCAAUCCCUCCAUUCCCUCCUUCCAUCAUCAAUAUCAUUACUUGCUGAGAGCUUGUCUUAUAUAAAUCUGGUGAGCUUGAAGUUCUUCCAGAAACCUGCAGUGGAUCUUUCUCCUAUGAAGCACAUGCGCUUGCCCCCGCUUAUGCGGGCCUUUGCCAGCCCCCGCCACUGGAUGCAGUUGUCUGAUAUAGAUCUGUCGAACUUGGAGAUUCUUCCAGAAAUCGUUGGGUCUUUCUUCUAUCAAGCACAUGAUAAGAUUCUCGACAGUAUUACUGCAUUUUUUCCCGAUCUCUUUCACUUGCAGACACUUACCUUGAGCGAUAAUGAUGUGCUCCGGCUGCAACCAGUCUUAGCUUCGAGGAAUAAACAGCCUAUUCCAGAAUUUCUAAUGGAGAAGUUGCCUGAGUUAGCUUCGGGGAAUAACCAGACUAUUCCAGAAUUUCUAACGGAGAAGUUACCUGAGUUACGCUCGUGGAAUGACCACUCUCUUCAAGAAUUAAUAGCAAAUACGAUUUUAAUGGAGAAGUUACCUUACUUAGCUUUGCGGAACACGCAGCGGCCUCCUCCAGAGUUACAAGCAAAUGAUAAUCGUCUUGAAAAUCUUGCUGCAUCUGUCUUCAGCCAAGACGACUCGAUGAAUGAUAAUGAUGUGAACCAUCAUGCAGUCUAUGUAGAGGCAGAACAGCUUCUGGAUGCUGGAGAAAGUUCACGUCCUAGAGAAAUAUCAGGAUGGACUUUGCUGAUGACAAACUUAAUCCUAGAGAUUGCAUCUGCGGUUUUUGACCAGAUGGGUUAUGCACAAAUUGGCAUGGUGUUGGCAUUUGUAGCUUUGCUUCUUGCUGCCGUUGAUCUCAUUCACAUGGCUCGAAAGGAAAGAAUUAAACGGGCGGCCGGCAUGAGCCUAUUGCCACUUUUUCAUCCCCGAUCAACUUAUACUUCCGCAACUAGAAAGCCUGUUGGCACUAUUGUUGAGUAUUUUGGAUUGGCUGGUGCUGUCUGGCAAUGUGUUUAUUCGACUGUGGAGUAUACGUAUACUCGUCAGAAGAAAGAUAAUCCAAUUAAGAUAUCUCUUCUACCUUUCAUUUUCUUAUUAUGCGUGGUGAUUUCCAAAUUAUUAGUCGACGAGAGUUCCAUAGACAAGAGUUCUUAGCAAUGGUAUUUUCUUUGAACUAGAAGAAAGUGUUUGAAGGACUCUUUUUAUGGGAAUGUACAUGUCAAAGCUUUUGAUUCCUA